AUGCGUCCCUAUGCAGGACCCCCCCUUCCCCAGGUGUCCUUCUCCAUGGUGACACUGGCCGUCGCCGCACUCUGUCUGCCUUACUCUGCCUCACUCGGACUAUUCCAGAACAUCUCAGGUGUCUAUCUGGGGGCCAAGAUUGUGGAGGAAGCUUUAAGAAGAGCUGUUGAAUUAACUGAUGCUGCCUAUGCUCAUACCAGGGAAAGAGUGAAGAUGACUCUGUCAGAAGGGGCUUUGAGGUCCAGUGAUCUACUUGCCCAGUUCAAACAGACCGGGCCUAUGACCAGGACCCAGAUCAGGGCAGCAGAGCUGCUAGACAUCACAGUAGAACUGAUCAGGGAGAUGGUCUACACCAACGCCAUGACCCAGCCCAACCUCACUGAGCUGCUGAGUCCGGCUGACGUGGAGCCUCUGCUGCAGGCCACCGGCUGCUCCUCUGAGCUGAUGCGUCCGCGGUGUGACACGGGCUGUCUGAGCCGGCGCUACCGCUCCUUCACUGGGGAGUGCAACAACAGACAGCACCCUAAGUGGGGGGCUGCCAACACUCCUUACUCUCGCUGGCUGCCACCGGAGUACGAGGAUAUCAGAGGGGUUCCCAGAGGAUGGGACCCUGAGCACACGUAUCACCACUUCACCCUCCCCCCCGUGCGCUUGGUGUCCCAAGAGGUGCUCUACACCCACAACGACAACAUCUCUCUGGACUCCACUCUGUCGCACCUGCUGGUGGAGUGGGGCCAGUGGAUUGACCAUGACCUGGCCCUGACCCCGCAGAGCCCCAGCACAUCUGCCUUCAGGACGGGAGCAGACUGCACCCGCACCUGCAGCCGGGACACCCCCUGCUUCCCCAUCGAGAUCCCUUUAUCAGAUCCUCGUUCUGGGAUCCAGGACUGCAUGCCUUUCUUCCGUUCCGCCCCGAGCUGUGUUGGAGGACCACUGCCCCAGCGCCACAGGGAGCAGCUGAAUGCCAUCACUUCCUACGUAGAUGCCAGUAUGGUGUAUGGCAGCUCCCCCUCCCUGGCUUCUGCCCUGCGUGACCUGUCCUCUCCUCUCGGCCUACUGGCCGUCAACCCCCAGCACUCAGACCAGGGCCUUUCCUACAUGCCCUUCCUGCCUCGCCUGCAGCCCCACCUGGACCCAUGCGGACCUCGCCGAGGGCUCAACGCCACUGCUGCAGGCACACCUGACAUCCCUUCACUCUGGAAGAACAGGACUUCGUGCUUCCAAGCUGGGGAUUCACGGGCCAAUGAGCACCUGGGGAUGAUCGCUUUGCACACGCUGUUCCUGAGAGAGCACAACAGGCUGGUGAGAGAGCUGCACCUGCUCAACCCUCACUGGAGCCCUGACACUCUCUACCAGGAAGCUCGGAAGAUCAUGGGGGCAAUACACCAGAUCCUAACAUGGGAGCACUACUUGCCGCGGGUGCUGGGUGUAAAUGCCACCUCUGACCUCGUGCCCAAGUACAAGGGCUACAAUCCUGAGGUGAACCCCAGCAUUGCCAACGUCUUCUCAGUCGCUGCAUUCCGCUUUGCCCACGUCACAGUACAGCCAAUCGUAGCGAGGCUAGGUCCUGGCUACAGCCUCAGCUCCCAGCAUCCUCCUCUCCCUCUGCACGACUCGCUGUUUGCUUCCUGGAGAGUCAUCCAUGAGGGGGGGAUAGACCCUGUCCUCCGUGGCCUCUUGCUGUCUCCAGCAAAGCUCCAGAUGCCAGGGCAGAUGAUGGUGGAGGAGCUGACUGAAAGGUUGUUCCAGGCCCAGGGAGGAAUGCCUCUGGACCUUGGGUCACUGAACCUCCAACGUGGCCGGGAUCACGGCAUGCCUGGAUACAGCUCAUGGCGACGUUACUGUGGCCUAGUGGUUCCAAACACCACGUCGGACCUAGCCAACAUCUUGGGGAACCCCAGUCUGGCCCACAAGUUCCUGCUCCUGUAUGGAACGCCCCAGAACAUAGACGUGUGGGUCGGGGCCAUUUCAGAACCGGCGCCCCCUGGUGGCAGAGUGGGCCCACUGCUGUCCUGUCUGCUGGCCAAACAGUUUCGAGACUUGAGAGAUGGUGACAGGUUCUGGUGGGAGAGAGAGGGCGUCUUCACCAGCGCGCAGAGGACGAGCCUCAAGGCAGUCUCCCUGUCACGCCUCAUCUGUGACAACAGCCACAUCACCCACGUCCCUGCGGACCCCUUCUCCCUCACUGUCAGCCCGGGGAACAUGCUGGCCUGCAGCCACCCCCUCAUCCCUCAGCUGGACCUGAGCGCCUGGAAGGAACCUGACUCAGGUCUCAGCUGUGGCCCAGUGCCCAGGCUACAGUCCGGUUUCUAUCUUCUGUGUGACUCGAUGGUUCUUUACGAGUGUCACGCAGGCUUCCGUCUCAUUGGUCCGUCCUCAGUCACAUGUGACUCCAGCAGCCAGCAGUGGAAUCCUGCUGCUCCCACCUGCCAAGAUAUUAACGAAUGUAUAGAACAGCCCUCAUCGUGCCCCGAAACUAUGGAAUGCACCAACGCCCCAGGUUCAUUCAUUUGUACAGAUCCUCCCUCCAUAUCCACUGUCUCCGUGGUUUCUGCGGUGAUGACCGUGGUCGGAGGGGUGGCUAUGUUGGUGCUGAUGAUGAUCUGUUACAGGAGAUAUUUUUCAAAGAAGGAGCAGGUGGAUGCUAAUUGUUGUAAAGAUGACAGAUAACCUGUUUUAUUAACUUUUUACCAUACAAAUUUGAUAUUAUAUUUUGUAUAUUGCUUUAAAGGGUUUAGGGUCACCAUGAAAAGUGUGUACCGGUACUCAUUUAAUGUCAUUAAAAAAAAAGUAUUGUACAUGCUACGUCAGCCUUGGCUGUGUUAUUCUGAUUACUACACUGCUGUUUAUUAGGGCAUUGUGAGUAGUACUAGUAAGCUAACUUCAUAAAAAUUAACAAACUUGGACCUAAGUAUAAG